AUGGGAUGGGUAGAUGCGUCCAGUGCCAACAUUCUCGUUCGCUCUGCCGCUGGUAGUCCGAUUUCAUUGUCGUAUUGGCCCAACAGCACUUCGGUGACUUCGAGCAUCGCCCUUGGCUUGCCUUCUGUCCACACCGAUUUCACCCUGUCCGCCCACCUCCCCAAUCUUCAUCCCAACACCCUAUACCUCUACAACACGACCGUUGGUCUCGAAGGGUCUUUCGUGACUCGGCGCGAGUCUCACAAGACGUCAAAGUUCACUUUGUUAAGUACGAGCUGCCAGAAGCCCAACUGGCCUUACAAUCCUCUUCAGCAUCCUCUUGCGAUCAACGGCUGGGCGCAUGUGGAGAAGGUGGCCGCGGGGAUGAGUCUGAGGCCAGAAGCGAUGCUCUUCCUUGGCGAUUUCAUCUACUCGGACCUCCCUUACGCCGUGGCCGAGUAUACUUCAUCCUACUACCGCCUUCUCUAUCGCCAAAUCUACGCCAGCCCCUCAUGGUCUCCAUUCCUCCGCUCGAUCCCGUGGCUACACAUGUUUGACGACCACGAAAUCAUCAACGACUACGCUCCUUCUCCCGCCUUAUCAAACGUGUUCGAGGAAGCUAUCGAGCCUUUCCUUCAUUAUCAGCAAUCCGUCAAUCCCCCUCCUCUCGUUCCUUCUCAGCCAACAUACUUCUCGUUUGAUCUUGGGAAUGUUACAUUCUUCACUCUCGACUGUCGAUCUUGGCGUUCCCCUCAGCCACAUCGAAGAGGGGACAAUUCGACGGCGGGCUACGGCGCAAGGACCAUGUUGGGAGAGAGACAACUGCUGGAAGUUGGCAAAUGGGUAGAGCGAGGACGGGAGAAGGAUAUGUUGCUGGUUCUCGUAUCAGGGGUACCCAUGACGAGGAACUGGGCUUUGGGACGGGACGAAAUGGAUAGCUGGGGAGGAUAUUUGGAAGAGCGAGAGGAGAUACUCGAGAUGUUAUGGAGUUCCGGUGGCGCUGUUGUGAUCUCUGGAGAUAGGCAUGAACAUGCGACGACUCUGUUACCUCCUCCAGCGUCUUCCAAUCACCCUUAUUCAUCAUCCGUCAUUGAAUUCUCCACAUCGCCUCUAUCCUUCUUCCAUCAGCCCUGGACUCGCGAAUACAUACCUCACCCACCUACCGAUAUAACUAUCUACCAUCAGUGGAAGGGAGAUAGUCGUUUUGGUGUAUUUGAGUUUAAUACUGAGGGAGUUGGGAAGAAGGUUACUUUCAAGCUGGUAGUUGAUGGCGAGUACGUUUGGGUUUACGAGUGGACGAAGGGACAGGAAGUCGAGGUUGUGGAUAGGGGUAUUUGA